GUUGUUGUGGUAACAGAAAGUGGGUAGUAUGUUCUUUUCUCAACAUCUCUUUCUUUGUGUGUAUAAAUAGCCAUGGGAUUCGAGGAGACGUUAAGGCCAAAUAAAUCAAGCAACUUGCCAGGUUAUACUGGAUACUGUCCAAGACUGAGGUUCAAGUGUGGUCGUACAUACGGUUCCGAAACAGACAGAUUAACAAAACUUUAUACAAAAAACGAAAAAUUAAAUCCAAACAAUGCCCUUAACCCAACAUCAACACCUCUCCCUCUGGCUACAGGAGAUAACAAGCUGACAGCUAGCAUGUUGCCGGGUUAUACAGGUUAUGUACCAAUCCACACACCCGGUUUCAUAUAUGGUUCAACAUACAAAGAAAGUACUGAAACAGCUUUGAAGAAAUUUCUAGAGAAUGUGGAGAGAAAGCGUUCAGAACAAAGGAGUCUUUCUCGCACCGCUAUUCACAAGCAAAGUCUGAGAGAACGCGAAGAUUAUUGCAAGCCUGCUACGUAUCCUGAAAUUAACGUGGCCUACAGUAAAAACUACACAGUCACUGAUAGGAAAUCUUUCAUGGAAUCACCUGUCUCUGGCUAUACAGGAUUCAUCCCAAACUUUGAACGGUUCGCUUUGGGUCAACGGUAUCAUAAGUGGACCAAAGAAGGACUGCAAGAAUCAGUUCAAUCCAGAUUAAGAAAUCAACAUCUAUUGACCAAGAGAGUUGUACUCGUGACACCAGAUCUGACGACUUCUAAAAGACCCUUUUCAUCCGGUGAUGCACCCAGUGUACAUGUACUAUACAAUAAUGCAGGAAUGCUACCAAAAUACACUGGAUACAUACCAACUGCUCGUUACCGCUUUGGUAAGACAUAUGGCAACACUACGCGGGAGGUACCAGCCUGCACAGACCCUCAAGGAUAUGCUACAGGCAAAUACAUCACGUUUCCCAUGAUGUGACCGAAUACCAGUAAAUACCAGCAUGCACACUGAGUACAAGAGAGAAGCACUGGACUAUAUAUAGUUGUCAGGAUGCGGGGCACAGUGUGAAUAUUAUUUUAUUAAGAAAAUUCUGUGGAGUAAUUAUCAAGUCGAUAAGUGGGAGAUCUUGAAGCGAGAGCACGUUAAACUACAUAUCAAAUAAAGUCUAAUCUCUUCAGUUUC